GCAUCUGUCAAUUUUUCGCGUCUAGUUCAACAACUAGUGUUGUAGUGGUUUAGUAUACAAUGACAAAUACACUAAACAUUUAAAACAACAUAAUAAAAAUAUCAGUGACAAAACUAAAAGCUUUUUAACCAAAAAAUUACCAAUAUAGUGAUAAAGUUGUUCGACUGGGAAAUAAUUAAGCAACAAACAACAAAUAGUAUGAAAAAAAUUAUUUAAAUUAUUAAAUUACAUACAUAAUUAAUAAUAUUACUACUAAAAUGUUAAGAUGAAAGUGAGCUGAGAAGAAACCUACUAAUAUUAAAUUAAGUGAAAUAAUAUAAAAAUAGUUCUAAAAUCGUGGAUUUAUGUAAAAGGUCAUGAAAUCAUUCGAAUGUGAAUCUUCUUCAGAAGGUGAUGAACCCACCAUUCACCCCAUCUCACGGACAAUAGCACAGCCUCCGCAAUGGCUGCGCGGGAAUUCUGCCCCCGGCUGGGGGUGGCAAACUGGUUGUGGCUCCUCAACUGGUGGUCCAAGUUCAUCAUCAGGCGCCUUAGAUCAAACGAAUUUCGCUCCCUUUACAUCAACUGAAGAGGGUCAAAUCCCCGGUAGACGAACCCCUUUAGGCGCCGUGGGAUUAGGUGGUUUCUACUUCCAAGGCUGUCAACCCAACAUCGCUAGCCAUGGGCCACCCUCUGACGAGAAUAACCCCGACCCAACCGACUCCGCCCAACCCAACCGACCACAACAUUCUCGGGCAUCCCAAAAUUCCCAAAACGCCAAUCCCUCCAAAGCGAAGAACAGGCAGGGGAAAUCCGUCCGAUUAAACAUCAACGCCAGGGAAAGACGACGAAUGCAUGACUUAAAUGACGCUUUAGACGAACUUAGAGCUGUGAUUCCGUAUGCACAUUCGCCGUCGGUCAGGAAAUUAUCAAAAAUUGCAACAYUGCUCCUAGCUAAGAAUUAUAUUCUAAUGCAAGCGAAUGCUUUAGAGGAGAUGAAGAGGUUGAUUGCGUACUUGCAGGGAACUGCAGGAGGAGCGGCAAUUGUGGCUCCGCCUGGGUUCGACCUGCAAGGGUUUCCUGCAGCUGCCAAGUUCCUGCAACAGCAGCAGGCUUUACAAGCCGAAAAUGCGAGAAACAGUGAAGGAGGCAACAACGGAAGCUCAGGCUCAGCAAUUUGAAUGAAAGAUGCUCAAGUUUUAAAACGAAAUUUCUCUAGACUCUAAAAAUGGUUUAAUUUCAGAAUGCAACUCAAAAAUAUAAUAGCGAGUAGGUGCUAGAAUAAAUCGUGAAAGUCUAGCUUUUAUUGGUAGAACCUAGUCAUAACUUAUAGUUUUUUUAUUUAACAGUAGAGGCGAUUUAUUUAAAUGGUUUAGCUAUAAGCGAAUAAAAAUACAAAAGCAAUAUUAAUGUAAUYAAACGUAUAUUGUAGCAAUAAUAUUGRUAAAAAAUUACUCGUAACAAUCAGGUUCUCACRGCAUUCAACUGCUAAAUGUCCAGAAAUUUCUAGUCAAUUGUAAUUAGUGAUGUGUGAUGUAAAAUAAACUGAUAGAUAGUUAGAUACAUUUGUAAAAUAAAAUAGAAAAAUAAAAUUUAU